GAUUCGAUGAAUUAAAAUUGAAAAAAUGAUUUGGCUUAUUUUUAAUCAAUCCAAUUACAUGAAUACUUUUGAUGAAGGCAUUUCCUGGUGCAUUAAAUUAAAAACAAGUUUAUAUUAAUAAUGGUAAGGUACAUGUUUUCAACAGUUUAUUUCUCAACAUUACGAACAAAUAUUUAACUGGAAAAAGUUGAUGUGAUUUUAUGAACAGAAUUAUUCAUCUUUUUAUAAAGUUAUUUUGUCAAGAUAGAUUUUUUCCAUUGAUCUGCGAGUGAAUAUGAAUGUGUUAAAUAAGAACUGGUUUACAUUAUUCUCCUUUGCGGUCUUCAUUUUUAUUCAACAUCAACCAACAAACGCAGCUUCAACAAUUUUAUCACAACGAAAGAAUCUAAUUCUAUGGAAUGCAGAUGCCAAAUUUCGCACAAUAAAAUACAAUUGGACUGCUGUUCCGUUGAUAGGAUGUACUGUUAUUGAUAUUCCAACUACUGAAGAUGAGACGUACAAAUGGACAGUAAAAUCAUAUUUUCAUUAUAUGGAUAAAUGCCUUUCUUUAAGCUUCCAAUUGAACGACGAUGGUAAAAUUGGAAAUGUGAUUGCCAAAUUCAAAGCUACUCUUUACGAUAAGCAAAUGAAUGAAGUACGAUCACAAGAAGAGUUGAGAGAACUUCCGACUGUAGUAGGCUGUAAGACUAGGGAAAUCAAGUGGGAGAAAUUUUUCACCAACACCGAGUUUGAUUAUAGUAAAUUAAUACAUGAACGAAUUACCAUUUCUGUGGAGAUAAUUUUCUACUAUUACUCUCGAUGUACCAAUAUCCCAAGUGAACGCAAUGUCACCAAAUGUUAUCUGUCCGAUAACUUAGGCUCAUUACUUGGGGAUACCAAAUUUGCAGACGCUGUACUAUAUUUAAAUAAUGAUAAUAAAGAAUAUCCGGUCCACAGAGCUAUUUUGGCUUCACGCAGUCCAGUUUUUGCAAAUAUAUUUGAAGAUAUUUAUAAGAGUGGGCAAAACUACAAACACAUCAGAAUUAACACUACAAGCAGUCAAAGCAUAAAUGAAGAAAUUAUGAACGAAACGUUACGGUAUAUUUACACCGGAAAAUGUGAGAAACUAAACGAACUAGCUGAGGGAUUAUUUUCGGCUGCGAAUAAUUUUCAGCUAGAUGAGUUGAAAACACUUAGCUCGCAAUCGAUGAUUGAAGCGAUAUCGGUUGAAAAUGCAGCAAAUGUGUUGGUUUUGGCAGACAAGUAUCACGACGAAGAUUUGAAAUCCAAGACGAUGGAGUUUAUUGUUGAAAACGUGGAGCAAGUUUUCAAUACAACUGAAUGGAAAAGUACUGUAGCGUCCAAUGCUCAGCUACUUAAUGAAAUGUGUCAAUUAUUUGCUCGACUAUUCAGUAAAUGGAAAGAUUUACCUAAGUUACUGUGAUAAUAGAAUACCUAUAAUUUUUGUGGAAUUAAUUUUUGGAACAAAGUAAAUUGGUGAAUUUCAA